CAGCAGAUCAAAUCAAAUCCCAUCAAAUCUAUCAGCCAAUUUACGACCAUUGGGGCUAACUUCGAAUGGAUGUGUGUAUGUUUUCUUCUUUUUUAAAAAAAAAAAAUCAACCAUGUGAGUUGCUCCUCUUAGUCAACGUUUUUUUUUUCUUCUAUUUCUGUGAAUCUUUUUCUUUCAAGAUGGAGCGGAUGGAAUGGGAAUCUUUGAUUUGCUGGACACUGGGGAUGACCUGGAUCCUGAUAUCAUAAGCAUCCUUCCUGCGUCCCCAACGGGAUCCCCUGUUCACUCACCAGGUUCUCACUUCACCCAUGGAGGUGAUAUGGGCAAGGGUCAAGGUACAGACCGGCUGCUCUCCACCGAAUCCCACGACGAAGUCCCCAACAUCCUGCAGCAGCCGUUGGCCCUCGGCUACUUCGUCUCCACCGCUAAAGCAGGUCCGUUGCCUGACUGGUUUUGGUCGGCCUGUCCUCAAGCACAAAAUCAGUGUCCCCUGUUUCUUAAGGCUUCUUUGCACCUCCACGUGCCUUCAGUGCAAUCGGACGAGCUACUUCACAGCAAACACUCCCACCCUCUUGACUCGAAUCAAACUUCCGACGUCCUCAGGUUUGUGUUGGAACAGUACAAUGCACUCUCUUGGCUCACCUGUGACCCUGCGACCCAGGACCGGCGGUCGUGUCUCCCAAUUCACUUUGUGGUGCUGAAUCAGUUGUAUAACUUUAUCAUGAACAUGCUGUGAUCUUUAUCCCAAACCGAGCGAGACGAAGAACAGACAACAACAACCGGAAAAAAAAAAGGGAAAAAAACAGAAUUCCACCGAAAAGGACUCGAGUUAAUUCUUCUCUGUAACGUCAUUUUUUUGUGAUGGAGGGAAGUGGGGGAGGCUGUUAAUCAUCCUUCAUUGGUUUCAAGGAUUCUGACUUUCGGUGGGAGGCGCGUAAACUGGUUGUUUGUUCCCCUCCCCCCCCCUUUUUUUGUUUUGUUUUUUUGUUGGUGUAUUGCGUAUAUCUGACUGGCCAAAGUGGUGAACCGGUCAGCCGACAUGUAUUAUAAUGCAUCUUUUCAGUAGCCAAGUAUCCAUUCUCCUUCCGCCCAUCAACCUGUCACAGUAUUUGUGAAGAGUUUAUGAGCCAUAGGCCCCUGCCAUGUUAAUAAAUAUUUUAAAAGAAAACGAAUGAGCAUGGAGACCAUUAAAAAAAAAAAAAGAUGAAUGAGGGAGAAACGACAAAAAUAAUAUUAAUUUACGGAACGUUUUUUUGGAACAUUGCAAUGUUCUUGUAUUGGAUUAUAGUAUCUAGUAUUCAAAAAACAAAAAAUGCCUGCAUCUCUUAUUUAUUGUAAGUUUUUAAAUGUAUAAAUUGUCUUAUAUUUCUUAACCUCUUUUAUAAAAAAAAAAAAAUUUCCUAGAAGGUUUAUACUGCCUUCUUGCUUUAAAGCAAUUGGUCUAAAAUUAUAUCUGUAAUCGUCUUAAUUGAAAACUUGCGGUAGAUUGCUUUUAGAGUGUUAUUUUUUUGUAAGCGGGUGGGGAGGGACGGGGGACCGCAAAAAAAUUUGUAUUUGGUCUUGAUGUACAGUUUAAUGGGGACUAUAGGAAGGUGGGGCGGGAUAGAAAUGUCCAUACCUUUGCGUGUGGGAGAUUUACAGCUAAGCUGUAGUUGCAGAUUAUACGUGUACAGUAAUGAAGUUCCACUGUGUUUAUAUAAAAUUGAAGAAAAAAAAAUAAAGGUACCAAGUCUUACAGCAAUUUUAUAUCACACAUUUGCAGAGUUAACAUAAUGGCAAUAUAUUAAAAUAAAAAAAGUGAUAUUGUUAGGUGGUUUAACUUGUAGUGAGAAUUUAAAAAAAGAUGAUAAUAAUAAAUUGUUUUAUUUUAUUUUAUUUUAUUUUAUUGGUAUUUCUGUUGAGGGCCGAGACUAAAAACUUUGGCAGAUUCCCUUCCCUGUUUCUUGAAGGAAGGAGGAUGUGCUUUUUUGACUACAAGGGCCUCUGAUGUUUUUUCCCCUGUGUGCAUUUUAAGCCAAGACAGAAUCUGUGUCAUCUGAUGAAAUUGCGACACUUUUUUUCUAAAAACGAAAGAAAUCCUUGCCCUCAAUAAACUGUGUCACUUUCAUUUUCAA